CAAAAGUACUGAAGAGAGCAAAGCGUUUGUCUUGCAGCCGAAGUAAAGUUCCCAAAACGCCGAUCAACAAUGUCAGGCAUGGAGAGAUUGCAGAGGAUGUUCGCAGGUGCAGGAGGCGCGUUGGGUCACCCGCCGCCGGAUUCCCCUACGCUCGAUUCGUCGGAGCAGGUCUACAUCUCCUCUCUUGCCCUCCUCAAAAUGCUCAAGCACGGAAGAGCUGGAGUUCCCAUGGAAGUUAUGGGUUUGAUGUUGGGAGAGUUCGUUGAUGAGUACACUGUGCGUGUCGUGGAUGUCUUUGCAAUGCCACAGAGCGGUACUGGUGUUAGUGUCGAAGCUGUGGAUCAUGUUUUUCAAACAAAUAUGCUUGAUAUGCUCAAACAAACAGGAAGACCAGAGAUGGUGGUCGGCUGGUACCAUUCGCAUCCUGGAUUUGGUUGUUGGCUUUCUGGUGUGGACAUAAACACACAGCAGAGUUUUGAAGCUUUAAAUCAAAGGGCUGUAGCAGUGGUGGUGGACCCAAUUCAGAGUGUUAAAGGGAAGGUGGUGAUUGAUGCAUUCCGUUUGAUCAACCCGCAAACCAUGAUGCUUGGCCAAGAGCCACGUCAGACGACAUCUAAUCUUGGGCAUCUUAAUAAGCCAUCUAUCCAAGCAUUGAUCCAUGGGCUAAAUAGACAUUAUUACUCUAUAGCCAUUAAUUACAGAAAGAAUGAACUUGAGGAAAAAAUGCUGUUGAAUCUUCAUAAGAAGAAGUGGACAGAUGGAUUGACACUUAGGCGUUUUGAUACCCAUUCCAAAACCAAUGAACAGACUGUUCAGGAAAUGCUCAAUUUAGCUAUAAAAUACAAUAAAGCAGUGCAGGAGGAAGAUGAAUUACCUCCUGAGAAGCUGGCAAUUGCAAAUGUUGGGCGACAAGAUGCCAAGAAGCACUUAGAGGAACAUGUCUCAAACUUGAUGUCCUCAAACAUAGUUCAGACUUUGGGAACUAUGCUCGAUACAGUUGUGUUCUAGAAUAACCUUGUUAACCUUGUUCUCGACUCUUAGCAUCUGUAUACUCUUUCCAAGUUCAGGAAUUGCAUCUACAUUGAUAUAAUCGAUUGUUGGUCAAAGCUCUCUGUUUAUGUUAUUUUCUGAAAAUCCAAAGUGACUAUCGAGUUUCCUCAUUAAA